GGCGCCUAGUAGGACAGACAGGCGGUCUUACCUUUUUUUCAGCUAAGAUUUCCUUUGCAAUGGCAAAACGCUAUUCAUAUUUUGCACGGGCGUUGAAAUGUGACCGUUAACUCUUCCGAUUCUUUCUCCAACGCUACUUCAAAGCUCACUAACUCACUCAAAUUGUCAUGAGUUCGAUUCUCAAGCCACCACCGUCCUACCUUCAGCGUAGCUCUAUCCCUAUCUCCUUCUCUUCCUCCCCGAUGAUCUUAUCUUCUCCCUUCUACCAAACGACGUCGCUCCGAGUUCGGUUUCGAGCGUUGAGGACCGGGCCCAACGGCGGGAGAAUCGGCAGCGGACCUGAUUUGUUGGGGAAGCCGAGUAUGUUGCCAGCGAUGGACAGUGGUGGAAUUUCAGAAGAAGAGGAGGGUAGUGAGGGAAAAAGAAAUAGAGGUGAAUGGAUUGAUUGGGAAGAUAGGAUUUUAGAGGACACUGUUCCUCUCGUUGGCUUCGUUCGACUGAUUCUUCAUUCUGGAAAAUAUAAAAGUGGAGAUAGACUGAGUCCAGAGCAUGAAAGGACGAUUCUUGAGAGGCUGCUUCCUUACCAUCCAGAGUCUGAGAAGAAAAUUGGUUGCGGAAUUGAUUACAUUGCUGUUGGUUACCAUCCUGACUUUGUAGGCUCAAAAUGUUUGUUCAUUGUUCGAAAAGAUGGAGAACUGGUUGACUUUUCUUACUGGAAAUGCAUCAAGGGCCUGAUCAGAAAGAACUAUCCUCUAUAUGCUGACAGCUUCAUUCACAGACAUUUCCGAAGGCGUAAACGGAGAUGAUGAGGGUAAUACUCUGAACUUGUCAACCAGUUUAUAUUAUUAUGUUUUAGAGGAUCUUUUAAACUUCGUUCUUAUUGUUUGUAAUAUGUCCUUUAUGAGCUCCAAUAAUGUUGUAGAAAUUAAAAGUAAUUAUUUAAAAUUCAUAAAAGUUAAAUGCUGGAUGUAGUUUCUGGAAAAACAUAUUCCUAAAAGAUUAUACUUUCUGCUGAAUGGAUUGACUGGUAAACUGGUCUGAAGCCAAAUGUGCAUAUAUCCUUAAUCCAUAGUACCUCUGUCAAGGAAUAGGAUGUCACUAUUUUUCUAUGUUGAUUUGGGACUGCUUUCUCUCUCAACACUCACACACACAUUCUGCUUUGACUAACAAACUAUAUCAAGAGUUUACUUCUAAUAUGACUGUAAGACAGAGUACUUGUCAUGGUAUUUCAUUUAAAUGUGUCGAGAUUGUUUAUAGUUCAAGUCAAGAAGUUGAUCUUUUUCUUAUGAGAAUGUGUCAAUUGUCUGUUUGUUAGAGAACACUCAUUUAUUAUAUUAAUGGAAGACAGAUGUCAGUGUGGUGCUCUCUGUCCUUUUUUGUUUUCCUCUAAAAAUGGAAGACAGAUGUCAGUUGCCUUGGCAGUUAAUUAACUGACAAAGAUAGUGAAUUGCAUAGUUGUGCCAUUUCCUUAUUCACUAUGAUUAUUUUUCAUUUACCUGGCUCUUGCUGAUUGUUUUCCCACCACAAGGCACUAACGGGUAUUAGGUACUGGUCUACCAAAUUUUCACCUCGACAAUUUGCAAAUCUUUGCCAAAUUUCAUGUGCAGCUCUAAUAGGUACCUAUUUUUCUUUCUGUCUUUGUAUUGGGGCCAAAGAUUUACUAGGAAAUGGGAGAAAAGGAUCGCCCAUAACUUGAAGUCAAUAAUGUAUCAGACGUAUUGUUAGGUUCAUGCAAAUGGUGAAAACAAUACCACUCCUUUGUUAGCUGUGGCUGUGGUCUACAAUAAUGUUGCCUUUUUCCCCAAGUGACCUGCAAUAAGAGUAGAGGUCACAAAAAAUUAAGAACGUUGGUUAAAGACUCGACUGCCUCAGAGAUAUAUUUAAGUAUAAACAAAGUGGUGUCUAUCUGAUUUCUGCCCUUAGAAACCAUACUUUUUUCCCUGCAUAAGACCAUAGCUGAGGCCCCAAAGUUCAGCUUGAAUGCUAGAAAGUGACUACCCGUGAUAUCCUCAUGGGUAGGCUUGGUUACCAAAGGAUGAGCCAUCCUCCACAAAUGGGAUAAGCCUAAAUAAACGAGGGAAAAAAAGAGUUUUAUUUGAUCUCAGCUUGCUCUCUUCUAUGUUAAUAGUGACUACAACUAGGCUAUUUCUAUUUUGUAGUAUAGUCUCUCUCUUUAUUAUAUAUGAAAAGAUUCAAAGUUAUAUGCUUUAAUUAAAUGAUAACAACCAAUUAUCUACCACAUAAAUUCUAACUGAUGAGAGAAGCCUUCACAAUGCUCUUUGCCCUCUUUCUGUUCUUACCUUUUCCUGUGACCUUGUCACGCUUGUCUAGCUGUUUCUAUGAUUUAUGACAUUUUGUCUUUUUUAAAUAAACUAGAUUAACAUAUUGUUUUCAUAAAUUAAAAUAAAGAAAAUAAGAGAGAAAAGUGAUACAUAAAACCUGCAUGUUCGAACUUUGAACAAAUAAAUUGUUGAUGAUUUUUUGAAACUAUAGAUGUCGAUGUGGAGAGAGAGAUUAUCCGUUAGGAUAGUAGAGAUCUGCCCAAAAAAAUUUUUUUUUUAAAUGUUAAAAGGAGAUUUUAUGUUAGGAUACUCAAGUCAACGAUAUAUUCAAUAUGAAGAGGAGGCAACUUAAAAGAGUAUUAUUGAAUAUUAGUGUAUUCAACUUAGGUUUUUGAGUUUUUAUUUCAUAUUGAUCUUGUACCAUUGAAUGAUGAUGUAAAUAUUAUGAUUAGAUUUCAUGAGUUUAGUUUCAGUUUGGAUCUUAAACCUUAAUUAUUAUUAUGAUAUAACAAUUGAGUCUUAAAUCUUGUAUAACAAAAUUUAUAUCCUAUACUUUAAUACCUAGGGUAGAUUAUUUAUAUAAUUUUAUUUUUGCUCCUAUUUAUCUCUUCAAUUGAGUAAUAGUGUCUUCAUAUCUUUGUGGAAUAUUCAAAACAUAUGCUAGUAAUACAUCCAUCCAAGCAACCGUCGGCUGGUUCAAAGUGUGCCGACAUACAAUCUUUUUCAGAUGAAUUGAUUCAUAUUAUUCCACUACCAAAUUUGGAUGUAAUUAUGUCGGAUGUUAUAAAGUCUACUUCUCUCAUCUUUCUUUGCUUUCAAUUUAGGAGUGUCGGAACCACAAGUCCUUAUUAGGUAAAAUUAAAAGAGAAAAUCCUUACCCCAAGUUUCGAAAUUUAUUGAAUUGAGUUAACAUCCUAACCAAUACCAUGCGAUUGGUUGAUCCAAACGUGUUGUAAAUGUUCCUUGAUAAAGAAAAUAAAUUCAUAAUGGUGUUUCUUUAUGUGAAAAAUAGUAUAGUGGAAGAGUGUUUGUCUUUUGCUAAGAUGGCCUUCGUCUACAAGCAACCCCCCACGUCCUAUCUCGUCUUGAAUAAUCCAUUUAAUGUAUGCAUCUUUCUCCUUUUUUUAAUAUUUUUGAGCUUGAAUGAAAAAAAAAAACUUUUUUUGCAAAGAGUCAAUUCAGUUCAAUAGAUUUAAUGUACUUCUUUUGCUCAUUUUAUUACUCUUUAAUUUCUGUUUAAUCUCUUAUUUUGAUAUUUAAAAUUAUCAUAAAUUCGAUUAACAUUCUCUCAAUAAAUCACAUAAUUAUUGAACAGAUUACGAAAAUUAAAUAUUAACACCAUGUAAACCUAAGUCUAUAACAACUUCAUCACCUUUUUAUAAUUAUAAAUCUAGUUAUUAGGUUAUUAAGUAAGCAGUAAAAUCUUUUUGAUUUUGAUUCGAUCAUCUGUCUAAUUGAGGCAUAUAUUUACCCACCAACUAACCAUUAUUAAGAUCAAGUAGUGUAUAUAAGCAAAUAGUAAUAUUAACAAAAAGAUUUAUUUUUCUCAAAAAAAAGGUAUAAUUCUUAUUUAUAUUUUUUUAUUAGUAAGUCCUUGUAAAUAUAUACUAUUUUUGGGUAUUUUGAACCAAAAGAGAACGUACUGCAUUUGGCUUGCAGGACCUUAUCCUCUUGACAAGUAGAAAUUAGGUGAAAAACCGCUUUCGAUGACUUUGAAAAAUCCUUUUAGAAUUUCUGUUUGUGGUAACUGUCGUUCUUCCGCGUUUGUCCAUGGUGCUUUCGGCAGCGUGGCUUUGAUUUCAGUCAAUCAAAUAC